UCAAUUGGGUGAUGGCAUUUUCCAAAAAGAAAACCAACAAAACACAAAUUACGCUUGUGUCGCCUAGAGCAGAGAGAGAGGGAGAGAGAAGAAAUCGAAGGAGACGGAAGAGGAAGACCCACCGGUGACUACCGCCACCGUCGACAUCCGCCCGCGGCAGCUAAGCAGCGAACGAGCUCUUGCACUUCUCCCUCCUGCCAGAGUUCUCACACUGCCCUCUCCCAUCGUUCAGGGAAAUAAUGGAUUUUGUGACAACAAUAUAGUUUACCAAAUACAUAGGAUUAACAAGAUCAAGCUCAAAACUCAUGUAAAUGCACAAAUGUAAUGGGCACUAGCUGGGCAUUAGUUAGCAUGCCUUGCACGCGGCCCUUUCACUAGUAAAUAAUAACGUACAAAAGAGGUUUGAAAAGCAGCGAAACUCCCCUUCUUUGUCCUCACACAUGCUUGACCUCGCCUCAGUACCAGCUCUGCUCUCUCCGGAACUUGUCUUAGGACAUUGUAGUAUUAUUCUAAAGCCCUCCAAUCCAACACUCUCUGCCUUUGCCCCCAAUACAAUCAAUCAUUUUCAUAAAAGACAUUUUCCAAGUUUAAUCCAGAGUUUUGGGACUUGUUUGUUACUGAAAUGGAAACGAAGCUGAUAAGUUCAAAAUCAGAAGAGAAACACAUUGGCGAUGACUCAUCCUCAGGUUUAGUUUUGGAGAAGAACAAGGAGAAGAAGAGGAAGGGAAUGACCAUAGGAGGUUACCCAAUUGAGGGUCUGUCAAUAGCAGGGCAUGAGACAUGUAUAAUCCUCCCGACCCUCAACUUGGCUUUUGACAUCGGCCGGUGCCCACAACGUGCCAUUUCUCAACAAUUUAUCUUCAUCUCUCAUGGUCACAUGGAUCACAUUGGAGGACUGCCUAUGUAUGUGGCAACUCGUGGCUUAUACAGAAUGGCACCCCCAACAAUUAUUGUACCAACAGCUAUAAAAGAGAAUGUGGAAAAACUCUUUGAGGCACACAGAGCAAUGGAUCACUCAGAGCUGAAGCAUAAUCUAAUUGGCUUGGGUGUAGGAGAAGAGUUUUAUUUGAGAAAGGAUCUUAAAGUAAUAGCAUUUAAGACUUACCAUGUCAUACCAAGCCAGCAGGGUUAUAUAAUUUACUCAGUAAGACAGAAACUUAAGCAGGAGUACAUUGGUCUCCCAGGAAGUGAGAUUAAGAACUUGAAGUCAUCAGGUGUGGAGAUUACAUAUGCUAUUACAAUGCCUGAAAUUGCUUUUACGGGAGACACCACGUCUGACUUCAUUGUUGAUGACACAAAUAUUGACGUCUUGAGGGCAAAGGUUCUCAUUAUGGAGAGCACCUAUGUUACAAACUUAGAGACAGUGGAGAACGCAAGAGAUUAUGGACAUACUCAUUUGUCUGAGAUAAUCAGUUAUGCAGACAGGUUUCAGAAUAAAGCAAUUCUUUUAAUCCAUUUUUCUGCGCGAUAUCAAGCAGAUGAAAUCCAAAAUGCUAUGUCUAUAUUGCCUCCGGCUCUCGCUGACCGGGUUUUUACGCUUACAGAAGGUUUCUAAUGAAAAUGGGACAACUCAAUAUUAGGAUUCCAUUCUAUCCAUCAAAAUUUUGCUUAUAUAUUGAGCCAGUCUUAUGCUGACCGGGUUUUUACGCUUACAGAAGGUUUCUGAUGAAAAUGGGACAACUCAAUGGUAGGAUUCCAUUCUAUCCAUCAAAAUUUUGCUUAUAUAUUGAGCCAGUCUUAUUUACUAUUUUCCCCUAUGUAACGAAAUUUGAACAGCAGAUUUAUGCAUAAUUCAUUACUUAAAAUUUACUUUCACUUGUAUUGAUGGCAUUUUAAGCUGUGCUGGUUUUUUUGUAAAGAUGUUUUCAGAGGCACCUUGUAGUAGUCAUUUAGCAGUAGCAACUAUGCAUAUAUGAGCUAGAAGAUUAGCUGCAGAAAAAUGUGUAGUUCUCAAUAGCAAACCAAACCAUAUGUUAUGAGGCAAUUUUUUACUAAUUACAUGUUAGCCUUUUGAAGAGUUUUAGCCCUCAUAAACCUU